AUGACGCUCCUAGGUGGUCUUUUCACAAGGAAGAACAAGAACAAGCAGGAUGCUCGGUCUGUAGCCACGACGGGCAGUAACACUGCGGACGACUUACCCUCCAAUGUGUCCUCGCCAACGACAUCGUACGUCAUUGCGGACAAAUCGUCACCUUCUAGUCCGAACGGCAAGAGUAACUACCACUCCGGCCCUUCUCGCGACAAUCCCAGGAGCCAUGUGUAUCCCUCUCCGGGCCUCCCCUCUUCCUCUUCCCCUGCCUCCAGUAGCAAGUUGCGUCUUCCGUUCAGUCGGAAAAAGUCAGCGAUAGGGGGAACAGAAUUGUCUGCCAAAAGUACGCCGAACGUAAAUGAUGACUACUUUUAUACAGCUCCUCGACCAGCCUACUCCGGUCGUUUAAGUACAAGCAGUGCUGUAUCAGAAGUAGAGAGUUCCGACGGACGCCGUCUUCGGCCCCCUCCAUCAAAAUCUGCCAUUUUCGCCGCUUACACUGACCCUCAAAGUGCACUCUCCACUCACUCGCUACCUAACCAAGGGUUUUUCGCUCGUUCAUCCUCACCAUCCAGUCCCCCCGCGGUUCCACAGCUGGGCACCCCGCCGUCCAAACGACCUUCACUCUUUCACUGGUCUAAAACCUCCACCCCUCCUAUGUCAAAAAAGUCACAAUUGCACGAUACGAAUACAUUGCCAAAUCUGACCCAAGACAAGUCCUCUUCGCGGACAAGUGCUGAACCAUCCUCGUUUAACCUCAAAUCCUUCCGUCACAUGCGACCGCCGUCGCCCACGCGUUCGGAAUCAUCACAUAUAUCCCUUUCCACGCCUAUUCCACGCCCUCGUGGACCAAGCGUUAAUUCGGAUUCCUCACAGCGCAUUUCAGUUGCCGCAUUUCGGGAAGCUCAGGCGCGGCGCAGUCUUGCUGGGUCUCCUUCUCCUUCACUCGGUUGUUCUCCAAGCCCCUUGCCACAGGUUCUCGCACACCCAUCGGAUGCCAGUCGCGCGAGGCCAAGUCCACGUCCAUCCCGUUCUUCUCCACAGAUUAAGGGGAAUACACAACGCAGGAAAUCUGGGGCUCCUGUUGGGUACACCUCUGAAUCUGAUGAAUCUCUUUCUUCUGAUGAAGAGGAUGAGUCGGAGAACGAUACCCUGGGGAGGCAGCGAACUGUGACGACACGGACUAACAAGACCGUGGUUCGUGACCGGAUGGGUAAAGAGAAGGCUAAAUCGGAAAUGGGUCAUGGUACUACUUACUAUUCACCCUUGCGGCAAGAUGAGCGCUCCCCAAACCGGCAAACUUCUCCUCGCUCACAUUUGGGUCAUGGAUGGACACCCCAGUCAAUGGGGACUCGCAACGAUGAGCAAAACCCUCUCCCACGUUCUCAGUCAAGCCUCAGUGUGUAUGGUGAGGGAAGUAGACCGCGUGCUAGUGCUUCUACGAGUGCAUUGUCACCCUCUGCUGCUGCAAAGCGAGCUAGCGUCAUUGCAUCUGGUAACGCGUCGACUGGUAUUGGUAUGUCUAAAAGUACCUAUGCUAUCACGUGUGCUCUAACCGUUUUAAUUUUAGAUGUUCUCUCAGAGUACAAACGUGUUUCUCGGCAUGUCCGGGACUCCUCCACGCAUUCAAACCCAGCUGCGCCAGCCAACUUCGCCUCUGUCAGUGGGAAGCUUGGACAAACCCGCACCAUUGCUACGCCUUCCAUGCGACCUCAAUCUCCUGCUGACGCGGACUCGGACUCCGAUGAUGAUGCGCCUCUUGCGAAAUUCCUUGGUCCUAAUAGACCAGGGAGUACAUUGUCAUCUUACUCCAAUCUCCAUUCACGGUCUACGGGCAACGUUUCCUCCAGAUCGACCAACCGUGCUCAACAAAAGCCGCUCAUUGACAUUGGCGAACUCACAGGCGGCAAACGGAUUCCUCCUAGUAAGGUGAAGAGCACAGAUGGGUUCACUUUGGGCCAGCAAACUCUGAUAUCUGAGGGAAAUUUCUCGGCUUCGCCCGCCAACAGCUCGACACCCGUGUCCACCCCGUUGACGAGUAAAUUUCCCCCUGGGAACUUCAUAUCGCCGCCAAGCACUCCGGCGAAGGAGAUGAAGGAAUUGAUAAGUGGACCAUCACACAUCACUAAUAUGCCAGCACCGACGAGGAGGGAUACGAGCCCUGACAUAUUGCAGCAGAGGAAGGAUAUAUUGUCGGAGAGGCUGUCGAGGGUCUUGCAGAAGAGCGUUGGAUCCGGGUCGUCUUCUGGGUCUGAUGGAUUUUCAGGCAGUAACCAGGACCACACUCGAAGGCAGGAUGCGCUAGCAGAGGACAGAGAUCGGAGUCCAAGUUCUAGAUUGGGUGGAGGACCCGCGAACAGUGCCAGUACGGUGGGUGGUCUGCCACAUCAGGAUGAGAAACGCAAUACAAGUCCUCGAUCGACACUCAACCAUGUGCCUGCGUCUUCACCUGUGUUGCGAGGACACAGGCCGUCUGAAUCUUCUGCAACACUGAAGCCAAGUCCGCCUGAUGAGGAGCUUGCGUUGAUGCUUGGUGCUGCUGGUAUUAAGUUCAUCUCAAGAGCCGGAGAGUCUACAAGUGAAGAAGAGGAGGAAGAGGAGAGUGAAUCAUCCGAUUCUGAAUCUUCGUCAUCUGGCAGGAAUAAGAAGCAGGUGGUAACGGACAAGGAGAGCUCCCCUGAUCGAGGUAGAAUCGCGCCCAUACCCAUCAAACAACGCGCACCACCACCUGCAUUCAGUGUUACUUCCAGACCAACAUUUCCUAGGAAUGCUGGGACUGAAGGGGCCAACCCUAGAACAUCUCUUGGGGAGAGUUCACGGGUUGUGUCAGGGCAAACCACCCGAACUUCGAUUGCUCUUGGUGAAUCUUUGUCAUCUCUGAAGCCUGCUUCGACACCGACACCCACGUCGAGGAAGAGGAGCAGCACACUUAUACCAUCUUCGACGACAUCAUCUUCUGUUUUUGGGUCCUCGUCAUCAUCUUCGGGAAGUAAAGCAACUUCAACUUCGCGUGCUAAUGGAGGUGGGAACCCUAAUACUCCCGGGUCGCCGAGUCAGGCCAACAUAGACCGAGCAACCGCACUCAAAGCUGCUGCUGCGGGCAAGAGCAGUGCUGCUUCUUCUCCCACACUCCUUGCCCCGGGUAUGCCUCCCCGGCAGAGAAGUUCCACAAUGUUGCCUUCAAUGCCCACAUCCGCUUCACCUACAUCCUCCAAACCCCCAAGCAUGCCCAACAGACCUUUCGCUGCUCGAGGAAACAGCCCUGCCUCUUCAACUGGUGAUUCCAGUAGCGGUCGUGCACCACUCACCCCCCGUGAUGGGAGUGACAUUGGUCGACGGUCGAAAGGAUCUGCUGCUACUCAGAAUGAGUGGAGCGGCGGUGCAAGUGGAUUGACGGUGACUAGUAAGAGUAAGGGGAAGCAACAUGCCAAGAGGCGAAGCGUUAGCUUUGAGGAUGAGACAGGUGGCAUGAACACUGAUGAAGAUCGCGAGGUCAAGAGAAAUGAACGACGGAGGGUUGAGGCUCGAGCUGCUAUUGAGCUUGGAAAUGUCGUAAAUGGCCCAGGACCCGUCAUGAAUGAUGAGGACGAAGAUAUGCCCAUAAACCAGACUCUCAACGCGAGAAUGUCGGCUCUCAAUCCUAUGAUGAACAUGGGAGGUCAAAUGCCCAUGCAGCAGCAAGUGGGCUUCGUCGGCAACCCAGGCCUAGGCUCGCCUUGGGGCAACAUGAAUAUGGGCAUGAACAUGGGUCCACAAUCCAUGCUCUCCCCUGCUCAAUUCAUGAUCCCGCCCCCUGCAGACCAGAACUUCAUGGCUGCCCAUCAGCACGCGAUGAUGAUCGCUAAACAGGCGUAUCAGAUGGCGGUGGCGCAACAGGCUAUGGCAGCUGCUGCGGACGAGUGGGAACGUGGGUCUACGGUUGGGUUUUCUGGGUCUACUGUUGGGUUUUCUGGUGGAAGCGUUUAUGGUGGAGGGGGAACUUCUCCUGGGUAUGGGAUGAUGGGCGGAAUGGGGAUGAUGCCCUUGCAGAACCAGUGGUCUACGGGGUCGAUGUAUGGUGGAAUGGGUGGUGGUACACGGAGCGAAUACGGUGGUGGUGGUGGAGGAGGUGGAGGAAACUGGAGCUCGUCGAGAAGCUCUUAUGGGGAAUCGUUUGGCCCUUCUCCUGACCGCUUUGCGCGCAAUCGAACAAAUCAGCGUGAAUCAGGGCACUAUCCGCCUGUACCUCCCAUCCCGAGCUCUCAUGAGCAGCAGGCAAAAAAUGCACCGCGGUCGAGGACAACUAGUCAACCUUCUAGUGCUGGACGGGGAGGUGUGCGCAAGGCUCCACCGUCUAGCUGGAAAGCGGGCGUAUGAAUGCUUCUAUCUUCUCGCUUUCUUGGCUAUCUAUCGUCCGGUUAUCCCAAACAGUCGUUCUUCUGGAGACACGCACACUAUGGGCCCAUACAUCCCGUACGUGUUAUGCCUUAUCUUAUCCUCAUGUGGACACAGUCCAGGCACGCAAAACACUCAUUUACACUCUUUUUCUUUCUUCUGUUUCUCUAUAUAUCGUCCUCACAUUCAUGACCAUUAAUCCCCACACAUCCAUAACACUCAUUAUUAUAUCCCGCAUUUUGGACGAAUCUAAUCUACAACAAAACAAUUGAGCUGAACAAUCCUUCUCCCCACUGUACUUUUUAAUACAUUACACACAUACCGUCCCGCCUCUCCUCUCUAUUUAUUAGCUUAUAUGAUACCUGGUUUUGGACUUUGCGAGAGCUAGCUUACUGUACUACCUCUUAAAAAGUACAGUAGCUGUUGAAUUAUAGCACAAAAUCAAUGUUUCAUCCUUUC